CAACCGGCCAUGAAAUGAAACAAGUGAAAAGCGAAAAGCGAUACCAUCGUGACGGUUCAAAAACACCAGAGAGCUUAUUUACGUUUUCGUUGAUCCAGUCCAAACCAAGCGCAUCAAGAUGCCGAUGGAGAACAUGGAAGAGCAGGGUUUGGAGAAAAACCCGAAUUUGGAGUUGGCCCGCAUCAAAUUCCUGCUUUCCAUGAAGGAACAUCAAAACGACAAGGAACUGGCGGCCAAACUGCUGGACGCCAUCGAAGCCGAUAACAUGGCCCAAUUCUAUGAGCUGGUCUGCAAGGAUCUUGGCUGGGGUCUUGAUCAGAGUCUCCUGCAGAAAAUGAAGGACAAUAACGCUGAAAAAUUGACCCAGUUGGAUGCGGCCAUUGAAGAUGCAGAGCAGAAUUUGGGCGAGAUGGAAGUUAGAGAGUCCAACCUGAGGAAGGCAGAGUACCUCUGCAAAAUUGGCGAUAAGGAAGCAUCUUUGACGGCAUUUAGGAAGACGUACGAUAAGACUGUGUCAUUGGGACAUCGAUUGGACAUUGUGUUCCACAACAUCAGAAUUGGUCUCUUUUAUGUGGACCACGAUCUGAUCACAAGAAACAUAGAAAAGGCAAAGAGCCUUAUUGAGGAGGGUGGUGACUGGGACCGUCGCAACCGGCUCAAGGUCUAUCAAGGCUUGUACAGCAUCGCCAUCCGAGACUUCAAAUCGGCCGCCACUUAUUUCCUAGACACCGUCUCGACCUUCACUUCUUAUGAGCUCAUGGACUACACCACCUUUGUCAGAUACACAGUUUACAUUGCGAUGAUCGCUCUUCCUAGGAACGAGCUCCGCGAUAAGAUAAUCAAGGGCUCCGAGAUUCUGGAAGUUUUGCACUCCCUGCCAGAUGUGAAGGACUAUCUGUUCUCCCUGUACAACUGCCACUACGCUGAUUUCUUCAAAAAUCUAGCCAUUGUGGAAGGCAACCUGAGAGAAGACUACUUGAUCAACCCCCAUUACAGCUACUACACUCGUGAAAUGCGCCUCCUCGCCUACAAACAGCUGCUCCAGUCCUACAGAAGUCUCACCCUCCAAUACAUGGCUGACUCAUUCGGGGUCACCGUGGAUUACAUUGACAAAGAACUCUCUCGAUUCAUCGUAGCCGGCCAUCUGCACUGCAAGGUUGACAAGGUUGGCGGCAUUGUCGAGACAAACAGGCCGGACAACAAGAACUGGCAGUACCAGGGCACCAUCAAGCAGGGAGAUAUUCUGCUCAACCGCGUGCAAAAAUUGUCCAGAGUCAUUAAUAUCUAAAAAGAAUAAGAAUAACUGCUCCGCUUCCGUUUGAAUUUCUUUGUAUUUAAGUUAAAUGGUAUAUGAUGAAAAUAAUGAGUACUUUUGUCAAUUAACAAAACAAA